GAUGCGAUUGGUCGAAUUCAAGAGCAGGGCGGAUCGGGAUAACUGGGAUUUUGCGUCUUGUUUCGGAGAGCUUCAGAAACUUGAAAUUUGUUUCUAAUAUCAUGAAGUUUAGGUUCGCGUGCUAACGUUCAUAUACAAAUCGGUAAAUUGUUACGCCUACCAUCUUCUGAAUUAUCAAAUGUUUUCUGAAUAGAGACUACAUUGACAUUAGUUUUUGGGUGGAGUGAAUGGUGCGUGGGCGGAAUUAACCUGCCGAUAUAAUCGGUAUUGUGAGGGAAGACGUAUCAAUACAAAGUGUAUAAAAUAGUUUUGCAUUGUACCUGCAGUGUCUGUAUUUAUAUUAAAUAAUAUCAAAAAAAUAUUUUAAGCAUCAAAAAUUAUGAAUAACAGCGGUAGAGCGCGGGUACCCAAGUGUGCUCGCUGUCGUAACCAUGGGCUUAUUUCUAGUUUACGGGGACAUAAAAAAGCUUGUGUUUAUCGACAAUGUCAGUGCCCUAAGUGUGGACUCAUCAAAGAGAGACAACGGAUUAUGGCUGCACAGGUAGCAUUGAAAAGGCAGCAAGCGGCAGAAGACAAAAUUGCUCUACAUUUGGCAUCAGUUGAAAGCGGUACAUCUUUAGAAGCUCUUCCACCAGGCCGUAUUUAUGGAAUGCGGGUUACGGAGCCGUGUCCAAGCCCAGGGCCUGAACCCGAUUCGGCAGCUAAUGAUCACGCGCCCAUCCAUAUCGAUAGUGAGACCAGUGAUUCUCUGCCGGACUGUUGCAGCGUUUCCCCAGAUUUGGCAGGAAAUUCGUCAGCUGCCACAACAUUAAGAGGUAGUGGUGAAGAAACACCAGAAAGCGAAAGCGUUGUCAGCACCGCAGGACUUGAAAUGCUUCGCAAAUUAUUCCCUGGGAAAAAGCGUUCCGUCUUAGAACUUGUUUUAAGACGCUGUAACCAUGAUUUGUUGCGCGCUGUGGAGCAUUUUAAUGCAACGCAUACUCAACAUGGCAAGAUACCAUCGACCAGCGACUUAGGCUAUGAGGCUUACGUUUCGAGUUCAGAGGAAGUUGAAUCAAGAUGGUCCGCUUUCCGUCCAGUGGGCCGGCGUGCACCAUUACUACCAGCUUUUGUUAUGGGCAGUGUUUGCGGAUCAGACUGGCUGGUUCCCUUGCCAGCGCUACCCACUUUAUCUGCGCCUUUGCUGUUACCUUUACAGCAGCAUCAGCAUGCUCAGUCAGUACAACGCAAUCCUUGUACACCCGACUGCCGGCAAUGCAAUAUCCAUCACUAGUGAUUAGGCGCAUGAUUUUAAAGUUGUCUACGAUGUACAAUAAAGUUGUAAGUAGGCUGCUAUUUACUCAUUCGUGUAGGUACAUGUUGAGCUUUAUUUGUAACACGCUUUGAUUAGUAAACUAAAUAUGUAUAGACAAUUACCCCAAAUGCCAUUAGUAAUUCUGGUUGAGCGUAUAAAAUUAUAUUAACAGUUGCAGUGGUAGGUAUACAAUCAAAAAAUAAGUCAAUUUACAUAAAAUAAUUUAAUUGGCACUUUUGUCUUGACAUUGUGAUAAACAAUAUUCUUAUUCUGUCAAUAUAUUUAUGAUUUUUUACCUUUACGCUUCUGCAGAAGUAGCAGUCUGUAGUAGUAUUAUAUAGCGAGCUAGAUAUAAUAUAAUAGCGAUGUAACGAAUAUUCGAUUUCCUAUAUUCACGAAUAUGAAGUGUCGAAUCUAAGAUUCGCCGAUGCGAAUGCGAAUAUCGGAUAUUUUUAUUUGCAUUUACACAAUGUUGAAACCGAAAGCAGUCAACACUGUGACGUAAACAUUCUGUGUUUACGUUACAGUAUUGGCUGCUGGUAGAUGUUAAUCAUGUUUCCGUAAAUUAGUUUUAAGGUAUAUAGAUAGGUACCUAAGAUGUAAAGGUAAGUUCGGAGGUGAUGGCCACAAUAUAUUUGGAACCUAAUGAAAUUAAAACUAUCAUUAUUAAUUAUAAACAAAAAUUAGCAUUUAAUUAAACUUUUAGCAUAACACUCUCUGAAAAUAAGAAAAAAGAAAUGAUAACAGCAGAAUAAGCUUUGUAAUUAACAAUUUCGUAUCGCACCCGAUGACUAGUUUGUAAAUCAACUGUUUAGCAACUAUUUUUCUUAAAUAAAAAUUUGCACACUCCAUAGAUUUAAUUUGCUUUAUAAAACCAUGCACGUUGCCAGCAUAAAAAGAAAAGGGAUAGAUACUGAGAGUCUAGAAGUCUUACCAUAAUGUCAAUUGCUGUUGCAAUUAAAUGGCAAUGGCAAACAACAAAAUGGCACUUCACGUAAAAUUUUGUGACACAAUAAUACUAUCUCGGUUGAAUGCAACUGUUUAAGCAGAAUUUAAAAGAAUAUUAAUACAAAAUUUACAUUGUCACCUAACCAAGUAAUCUCUUACUUGCUUAGUUUAGCUGGAAAUGGUGCGCACUAGCAUGAACGGUGAACGCCAGACAUAAAUAUUUCAGCAUAAAACUACUCUAUGUACAUUUUGCGGUUAUAAUUUACACGUAAAUGUAUUUGUUUUUUUUAAUGUUUAAUGGCUCAAAAAUCUUUAUUUAUCCUUUGUAUUUAUUUCUGCAUUAACGUUACUUCAUGCAGUGUUUUAUACAAAAAAACGGUUUGCACUGAUAGAAUAUAAUUAAUUAUAUUGAUACAUAAAACGAAAAAGUUUGUCUAUUCUACAAAAACGGUUGUCAUAUUGUUAUAAAGUGAUAUUUCAAUAUUACCAAGUGGUAAUAAUUCAUUAUUAAUUUAAUAACAAUAUUUUAGUAGGUAACUUUUACUUUUGGUAUAACAGAGUGAUGUCGUAUAAAUAACAUAUAACGUGAACUGUAACACUUUGUGAUCUCGAUAAAACAAAAAUAUAAAGAAAGUCAAAUGUGUUUAAAAAAUUGGAAGUUUAUUUUUAUCAUUCUAUUGUGAUUAGUUAUUUGGCAAUUGUUAAUAGUAGAUAAAUUAAGUAAUAAAGUCAUUGUAAAUCUAAUCAGUUGUAUUUUUAUCUAAAAAUAUAUUCACGUAUUUCAUUGGUUACAUUACAUUCGCAAAAUAUUCGCAUCAUAUUAUAUCCGUGAAUCCCAAUGCCAGUGCGAAUAGUAAAAAAGACGC